AUGUAUAACCAAUCCUAAUUUGCAGAUGAGCAAUCGUCAAUUUUGUUCGAGGAUGAGAUAGACUUUUCGAAUAUAGAAAUACCUUAACUUACAAGAAGGAAUGGAGAAAGCAAUGAUAAAUAAAAAGUACACGGAUACAUAAUUUUGGAUCAAUCCCCUUAAAAAAUAUAUAAUCAAGAAUAAUGUCCAAUCUGCUUGGAUUAAGAUUAAGAUUUGUCUCCUUUACAAUGUGGUCAUACAUACUGUAGGACUGAUAUUGCAAAAUUAAUAGGACAAGCUGUUGAAUAAAUUAUUCAAUGUCCAAUAUGUCGGGCAUAUUAGUAUUGUCCCUCUUCAAAAGAUUUAUACUAAAAUUAACAUGAAUUCUAAUUCAUUGAUCACACAUAAUUAGAAACUAAUUGA